UUCGGCAUUAUGCCAAAAAUGGGCAAAGUUCAAUAGACAGGAGGGGAAAGGAAAAUUGAUACACAAGACCGAAUGAACUGGAAUUUUUCGAAAAGAAUCAUUUUGACCUGUUAUCGAUCCGUUUACAGCGCAAUAAAAUUGCCCACGCUCGAUGAAAAUAACGUUAAUACGCCUUGCGUGAUUUGGUAUUGAUAAGCAAAAAAGAGCAACUGGUAAACUUGUUGCUGAGGAAUUCAGGAAGUGUUUUAAUAAUUUCAUCGAGAAGUCCCUCGAAAAUUGAUUGGCCAACAGAAGCCCAUUUUGGUCUCCAAUCGAGUAUACGUUUUCACUAUGGAUAAAUUGAGAAGAGCUUUGAGCGGAGAUGAAAAUUACGACGAAGAUAGCUCGACUGGUAUUUUUAAUAACUUGGAUUCAUCUGUCACUCUCAGCUGGUCUACAAGACUGAAGGCAUUUGCGGCAUGUUUCGUUCUCGGUAUGGUUUUCACGUUUUGUGGCACAUUUGCGUUGUUUAUCAAUAACAUACCGAAAUUUGCUGUCUUCUACACUAUUGGAAAUAUCAUCUCUUUAGCUAGUACGUGCUUCCUGAUGGGACCGUUCAAUCAAUUGAAGAAAAUGUUCGCCUCGACUAGAAUUAUCGCUACUAUUCUCGUUUUCGUUAUGCUCGGAUUGACAUUAUUUUCUAGUUUUUAUCUGAAGAAAGCUGCGUUAUCGUUAAUUUUCAUUGUAUUACAAUUUUUGGCAUUGACGUGGUACUCUUUAUCUUACGUUCCAUUCGCGAGGGAUGCUGUCAAAAAAGCUGUUACUUCUUGCGUUUAAAGUACGUAGAUAUCAGUGAUGUCAUCGGUGUGUUAUUUUCUAUGAGUCAUUUGCUGAGCGUGGAACAUCACGAUGUAUAGAUAUCAUUAUCAUAAUUCGUUUCUCGAUUUAUUAUUUGCUUAUAGUACGUAUGAAAUAAUAUUUGCAUAACGCUGCGAAUGUAACUGCAUUCGCAUCAUGUUCGUAAUACAUAUUUUGUAAAUAACCGAAUCCAACCGUCUCAGUGGCGAAUUUAUCCUCUAAAACGUUUCUAUAUAGUAAUAUUAUAAUUUUUAUAUGUUUAAACAUGUAUAUAAUUUUUUAUUUAAUUUGUUAAUAGGCUUAUUUUGUUCAUUUUUAAACGGUAAAUACCCCAGUUUGAUGAUUGUUUGCCUACUUCUCUAUAUUGUCAAUUUAUUAUUUUUAUUUUUUAUAUAUGUUAUUUUGAAUUUUUAUUUUCUCAUUUUUUCCUACCCUCAUUUCACCGAUUUUUUGUUCCUCCUGGUGGGUUUGGCUGAAAAAAGAGGAAUUUGUAUUCAACUUUUCUCCCCUAUAGUCUAUUUACGAGUAGCAUGCCUCAAAGGAUUGAAAUUUUAGUGUGGUUCCCUCAUUCAAGUUGAGAUUAAUUCAACUCCAAAUUGGAUUCGAUACUCGAAUUUUAGACGAAAAGUCGGUCCUUUUAUGUGCUCUAUGUGAAUGUUUUUUUUGGUACUUAUUAUGAUUUUUAUAAUUAUUUAGCUUAUUAUUAUGUGAGUACGUCUCGACGUAAAAUGUGGCGUUUUUAUGUUUACGUAAAUAUUUUCUGAUGUUGAGGA